CACCACUAUUCUUCGUCCACCUUGAAUCACAGUGUUGGUGCUGUGAUCUACAUUCUCUUCCACUCAAAUUUUUCUCUCUUUUUCGCAACAAACCAAUGGCCGGAAAGGGAGAAGGACCAGCGAUCGGAAUCGAUCUUGGAACCACAUACUCAUGCGUCGGUGUAUGGCAACAUGACCGUGUUGAAAUCAUCGCCAACGACCAAGGUAACCGUACCACGCCGUCUUACGUCGCUUUCACCGACUCCGAGCGUCUCAUCGGUGAUGCUGCUAAGAAUCAAGUUGCCAUGAACCCUAUCAACACCGUUUUUGAUGCCAAGAGGUUGAUUGGUCGUAGAUUCAGUGAUGCCUCUGUUCAGAGUGACAUGAAGUUGUGGCCUUUUAAGAUUAUUUCUGGGCCAGCUGAAAAGCCACUUAUUGGUGUUAACUACAAAGGUGAAGAUAAGGAAUUUGCUGCCGAAGAGAUCUCUUCCAUGGUGCUAAUGAAGAUGCGUGAGAUUGCCGAAGCGUACCUUGGUUCUGCCAUUAAGAAUGCUGUUGUUACUGUCCCUGCUUACUUUAAUGACUCCCAGCGUCAAGCUACCAAGGAUGCUGGAGUUAUUGCCGGUCUUAAUGUCAUGCGAAUUAUCAAUGAGCCCACUGCUGCUGCCAUUGCUUAUGGUCUUGACAAGAAAGCAACCAGUGUUGGAGAGAAGAAUGUCUUGAUCUUUGACCUUGGUGGUGGUACUUUUGAUGUCUCUUUGCUAACUAUUGAAGAGGGUAUCUUUGAGGUGAAAGCCACAGCCGGAGACACCCAUCUUGGAGGUGAGGAUUUUGACAACAGAAUGGUGAACCACUUUGUUCAAGAGUUCAAGAGAAAGAACAAGAAGGACAUCAGUGGCAACCCCAGAGCUCUUAGGAGGUUGAGGACUGCUUGUGAAAGAGCGAAGAGAACUCUCUCUUCUACUGCCCAGACCACCAUUGAAAUUGAUUCUCUUUUUGAAGGAAUUGAUUUCUACUCCCCCAUUACUCGUGCAAGAUUUGAGGAGCUCAACAUGGAUCUCUUUAGAAAAUGUAUGGAGCCAGUUGAGAAAUGUUUGAGAGAUGCCAAGAUGGACAAGAAAAGUGUCCACGAUGUUGUCCUUGUAGGAGGUUCUACCAGAAUUCCAAAGGUUCAACAACUUUUGCAAGAUUUCUUUAACGGAAAGGAGCUAUGCAAGAGCAUAAAUCCUGAUGAGGCUGUUGCAUAUGGUGCUGCUGUUCAGGCUGCUAUCUUGAGUGGUGAGGGCAAUGAGAAGGUUCAGGAUCUUCUCCUUUUGGAUGUCACCCCUCUAUCUCUUGGUUUGGAGACUGCUGGUGGUGUGAUGACUGUGCUUAUCCCAAGGAAUACCACUAUUCCAACAAAGAAAGAACAGGUUUUCUCUACAUAUUCUGACAACCAGCCUGGCGUGUUGAUCCAAGUUUUUGAAGGAGAGAGGACAAGAACAAGAGACAACAAUUUGUUGGGCAAGUUUGAACUUUCCGGCAUUCCUCCUGCCCCCAGAGGUGUUCCCCAAAUCACUGUGUGCUUUGACAUUGAUGCCAAUGGUAUCUUGAAUGUCUCUGCAGAAGACAAAACAACUGGCCAGAAGAACAAAAUCACCAUCACCAAUGACAAGGGUAGACUUUCAAAGGAAGACAUUGAGAAGAUGGUUCAAGAGGCAGAGAAGUACAAGUCGGAAGAUGAAGAGCAUAAGAAGAAGGUCGAGGCCAAGAAUGCAUUGGAAAACUAUGCAUACAACAUGAGGAACACCAUUAAGGAUGAAAAAAUUGCAGGAAAGCUUGAUUCGGAUGACAAAAAGAAGAUCGAGGACACCAUUGAGGCUGCUAUCCAGUGGCUAGAUGCCAACCAGCUUGCAGAGGCUGAUGAGUUUGAGGACAAGAUGAAGGAACUUGAAGGUGUCUGCAACCCUAUCAUUGCCAAGAUGUACCAAGGUGGUGCAGGUCCUGACAUGGGUGCUGCUCCCGGUGAUGAUGAUGCUCCUUCCCAUGCAGGCGGUGCUGGCCCUAAGAUUGAGGAGGUCGACUAAAUAUAGUUGAUUUCUUCUGAUAUCUGUGGUUUUAUAUUUUGAUGUUAUAAUUUUGUUUUGAUGUAUUUUAAUCGCUGGAUUCAACUGCUAGCUUUUGGCGAAUUUUGUUUUGAUCUACUGUUAUGUGUUUUGUUUUUAGUAUUGCAUUGAACGGAGGAUGACUUUUAUCUUUUUAAAUACUCUUGAGGGUUUGUUUUAUUAUGCUCAACUAAUUUUACAACUUUGCUGCAAUAUGUGGAAUUUGACGAGGCAA